AUGGUAGUGUUAAACGAAUUACCUUUUGAGUUGAUUAAUGCUAUCUUUAAGUUUUGCGAUAAGCUUUGGUUAGUCCGGUUGCGGAAUUUGGUUGUGGAUGAUAAUUUAUCGCUACUAGUAGAGUGUAUUGAUUCUGCGUUGUUUGAAAGAGUCAUCAUCACUUCAUGCUUUAAAGGAACUAAAAUCGAUUUCAAGAGCUUCCCAUUCUGCCUAGCGAACCCAAUCAUUAGCACUCAGUCCUGGUUUCCACCUUCCUAUAUUCAGGAAAUUAUGUUAGAUCAAGAAGUGACCAUUUGUAGUGCUGAGCUCCUCGGAAAUGGCAACGCAAUGGAGAUCGUCCAAAAAUACGCGAAAGAAAUUUACUACUUAAGAGGCUGUUUUGAUUUCCCAUUUGAGGGUGAGCAAAGCUUCAUUGAUUUUAUCAAUUCUGCCAAAAAAUUAAAACACCUUGGAAAUUCAAAGGUGCUAACUGGGAUCACCACCCAAUUAACACAAAUGGAGAUUCCCCCAAAUUUUGCCUAUGAAAUGCUCCCUGACACCUUUAAAAAGUUGGAAUCAUUAGCAAUAACUGGAUUCUCAAUUGAUACUGAAUUAGGUGAGUAUUUGAACCACUCAAGCCAUGAUCUUUCCAAAUUGAAGAAGUUGAAAUUGAUAAACUGCAUUAGCUUUUUUAAUGGGUCUGAGUGGAAUCUUUGCAAUUUGCAAGAAUUGAGAAUUUCACGCAAAGAAGCGGAUUCAAUUUUGAUUUCAAACAUGAAAUCUUCUUGUUUUCCGUUACUAAGAACAUUAGCGUUAGGAAAUUGUUUUUUGGCAAAUGAGAUUGGAAUCACUGAUUUAUCAAGUCUUGUACUUUUCGAUAUGGAUAUUUCCAAAAAUCCUGUCUCCUUUAACUCAGUUAGAAAUUUAAAUGAAUUGUCAUUGAGAAAUGUUGAAUUGAUUGAAAUUCCAAUAUUGUCGCACUUGCAAAAAUUAAAAUCUUUGGAGAUCACCAAAAAUAAGGAGCUUGUUGAAGUGAAUAACAAUUUUCUUGAUCUAUUAAACCUCACCAGUAUCAAUUUAUCCAAUAAUAAUAUUCACAGUAGCCUUGUUGAUUUUUCCAUCUUUACCAAGUUGAAAGAAUUGAAUCUUUCGGAAAACAAACUUACCUCCUUAGAUUAUGUGGAUGAUAUUCCAUGUUUAAUUAGGCUCAAUGUCCGUCACAACGAGAUUACAGGUCUUGGCAGGUUACUAUACCCCUAUCUUAGAGAGUUAGAUAUUUCUUGGAAUCAACUCAAGUCUUUGAAAGAACUCAAUAAUCUUCCUUCUCUUGUUGAUCUUAAAUUCAAUUCUAAUAAAAUCACUGAUAUUCCAAACUUCACGUUUCCUAAUCUCAGAGCAUUACGAGUGGGGAAAAACCCCUUGAGAGAUUUGGAAUCUUUGACCAAUUUGACGAAUCUUAAAAUAUUGCAUUUGGGUAAUAUUGUGAUUGAAUCUUUCCAAAACUUGAAUUUCAUUAAGGAUUUGGGGAAUUUGAGGGGCUUAUAUCUCUUCUUAAAUGGAAUCAAAGAAAUUGAAUCGUUUCAGAUUCGUGGCUUGCGAGCUUCUUUCAAAAUCGAAAUGUACAAUCUUAAACUAAAAGAAAGUUUUGAUCUGUUAUUUGGUGAUAAUGAGAAGUUGACAAUAUAUUGCCGUCUUGGAGCAGGGAGCAAAUUUUGCCUUUUCAGCGGUCUCUUGAUUGAGCCUCAUAAUGAAAUGUAUUAUUGGAAAUACAAAUGA